AUGUGGAUUCCCAUCACUGAUUGUACGCUUGUUACCUAUCUCCUUAAUGGUCUCAACGAACGCUUCGACAACAUCAUUAACGUGAUUCGACAUAGGGAUCCAUUUCCUUAUUUUGCAACUCCGAAGUCAAUGCUUCAAAUGGAGGAAACACGACCGAAGAGAACUAACAAACAUGUCGCGCAACACUCGGAUCAGGCUUCAUCAUCUACGGCUCUAACCAAUUUUUCUCAACCAAGCAACAACGCAGGCCGUGGCAAUCACCCACGCUCUAAUGGCAGAGGUAGCAGGCGUGAUGGCAACAGAAACAGAGGAUGCAACAACCAGCGAUACUAUCAGAAAUACUACUCGAAUCCACCAUCGCAUGGCUCCUACCCUCAGCGGCAGAAUCCUCAACAACAAUCAUGGGCUCCUUAUAUGUCAUCACCAGCACCUUACCGUCGCCUACGUGGACCUAGGCCACAGAUACAUCAAGCUCCCAUGUUGAAAAAUGAGUUCCAGCCCAGAACUGAUUUUGCGGCUGCAUUCAAAACGAUGACUCUUGGAGACCCCAUUGCUGCAGAUUGGUAUAUGGAUUCCGGAGCCACCAGCCAUCUUGCCUCCACGACAUGUAUCCUAAAUUCUAAUCACACAUCAAAUAUAUAG